CCGGCGUGACGCGCGGCUUCCCCGGCGCUGGGCCCCUUUGUCAGGCCGCGGGCCCUCGGCUGUUGGAGCCAUGUCGGAGCAGACGGGCCUGGCGUUGCCGCAGACCAUGGACAGAAGCUGCUGGGUUUGUUUUGCUACCGAUGAGGAUGAUCGGACAGCAGAGUGGGUGAGACCUUGCAGGUGCAGGGGCUCUACGAAGUGGGUUCAUCAGACUUGUCUACAGCGCUGGGUGGAUGAAAAGCAAAGAGGAAACAGUACUGCUAGAGUUGCUUGUCCUCAGUGCAAUGCAGAAUAUUUAAUAGUAUUUCCAAAGCUAGGUCCAGUUGUUUACGUUUUGGAUCUUGCAGAUCGACUGAUCUCAAAGGCAUGUCCAUUUGCUGCAGCUGGAAUAAUGGUGGGCUCCAUAUACUGGACAGCAGUUACAUAUGGAGCUGUGACAGUGAUGCAGGUGGUUGGUCACAAAGAAGGUCUUGAUGUUAUGGAGAGAGCUGAUCCUUUAUUUCUUUUGAUUGGACUUCCCACUAUCCCAGUCAUGCUAAUACUGGGCAAGAUGAUUCGCUGGGAGGACUAUGUGCUCAGACUGUGGCGCAAAUAUUCCAAUAAGCUACAAAUUUUGAACAGCAUAUUUCCAGGCAUUGGUUGUCCUGUUCCUCGUAUUCCAGCAGAGGCCAACCCGUUGGCCGAUCAUGUCUCUGCUACACGUAUUCUGUGUGGAGCUCUGGUUUUCCCUACUAUUGCCACAAUAGUGGGCAAGCUGAUGUUCAGCAGUGUUAACUCAAAUUUACAAAGGACAAUCUUGGGUGGAAUUGCUUUUGUUGCUAUAAAAGGAGCUUUUAAGGUUUACUUCAAACAACAGCAGUAUUUGCGCCAAGCUCACCGCAAAAUUUUAAAUUAUCCUGAGCAAGAAGGUGCAUAAGGCUGUGAUCAUCUGAUGUCAUACAGUCUCACCUAACAGGUUUUCAUGUUGUAUUGGUUCCAUCAUUAUUGCACAGUAGUGGAGAAUUGUGAUAAGUUGCUGCUCCUGUUUUUUUCUUUAAGUACAAUAAAGCACUGUCUUGUGGCAGGGUAUAUCCUUUCAGUAA